AUGCCCUGGGAGCCAGAGGACGCCGCUGCGGAUGCAGCCGAGACCGACUCUCCCCCCGCACUCCCCUCUAUUGCUGCCCUCACCCGCGGUAUGGAGCAGCUUACCAUCAACCCGACGCCGUCCCCCCUCGACCCCAGUGGCAUUCCUCACAUCUGGGACCGAGUCAUCUUCCACGCCGACAACACCACCCGCCGCGCCCUCCGCCAGACGUCGCAUUACCUCGUCAAGCCGACAGAGCAAUUCCUCUUCGCCCAUGUUGCCGUGCACAUCAGCCAGCGUGGCGCGAUGCGACGCUUCGUCAUUGGGCCCUCUGCCUCCAGCGGCCCCAUCCCGCGCCUCGAUUGGAACGGAGACGCUGUGGCACGCGCUCGGUGCCGCAGGUUCCUCGCCCAUGUCACGACACUCGACAUCGUCCUCCACUGUCCCGUCCCAAUCAAUGGCGACAUGGACGACGAGUUUCGCCACCUCGAGAGUCUCUUGGCCAACGUCACUAUCGUUCGCUGCCACGAUGAUCUUCGCUCGGUCUUCAACCUUCCUCGACUGAAGAAGGCAUACGGCUUUUUCACAAUGCCACGCCACCGUCCCAACCCAGCGUUCGGGAACCAGAUCGCUCAUGACCUUCUCCCCCACGCCCUCGGAGCGACCGUUACCGACCUGACCAUUACUGUCACAUAUGAUGGCGAUUCUCUUGUUGCUCAUCGUCGCUUGUUCAUGGGGACUAUCCGAGAAUGCAAGGGCCUCAAAAAGAUCACCGUCACCCUCCGCCACAAUAUGAUUCCCACACAGGUCCAAGCACCCAUCAACCCUACAAUCAUGCUUCCGCUUCAUCACUUGCUUGAGGAUGUGGAACCCAUGCUUCGUGAGGGCCUUCAUCUCGACAUUCAAGGGCUCGAGAGGUUCCCAGCCGAGUGGCUCGUCCCCGUCCCCGUUCUCCGCCAAGACCCUAGGCCUUCCCUGGACGUGAUUCGGUAUUGUAUCUUCUCCUCCUUGUACCGCUUCCGAAACGGAGGAGAUCAAUUCCUCGCGGCGUUGAUUGGGCUUCAUGGUGCCCCCAAGGAACACCGCCAGCACCUGGUCUGGUCCACCUUCGUCCAACCGUUCGUUUCAUCACUCUCACUCACCACCCUACCCCCAAACGAAGUGGACAUGGGCCUCGCUCUGCGCAUGUACCUGGUCCCAACAUCGGGACUCACUAUUCCGCUAUAA